AAACCACAUUGAAUGAAUGCAUUAUAAGGUUGGAAGGUUGCAUGAGAACCACACACUCGAAACCAAAAGAUAUCUAUCUACAAACCCAUUUACUGUUCUGCAAAUUAAAAAGAUCGAUCGAUCAUAUCAGCCAUGAAAAAUGCUUCUCUAUAACACCAUUAUUUCAGCUCGCCAUGUUCACACCCACUUCACUCUCAAACCCACCACCCACCGCCACUACAAAAGCCUCGCCGUCGUAGCCCAGGAACAACAACCCCCCAUAGCCGCCGCCGCGAAGUUCUCCAUCUCCGAUGAGGAGCUCCAGUCCCGAGGCUUCAACCUCCACACCACCUUCACCAACCUCAACCUAGACCACCUCAACUCCGUGUUCGCCGCCGUGGGGUUCCCCCGCCGCGACACCGCCAAGAUACAGCUGGCGUUGGAGCACACCGACGCGCUGCUGUGGGUGGAGCACCAGAAGGCUAAGCGGCCGGUGGCGUUCGCCAGAGCCACCGGCGACGGCGUCUUCAAUGCAAUCAUCUGGGACGUCGUGGUGGACCCCAGCUUCCAAGGGAUUGGCCUGGGGAAGGCUGUCAUGGAGAGGAUCGUCACCAAGCUGUUAGACAAGGGUAUUACUAACAUUGCCCUCUAUUCGGAGCCCCGGGUUCUCGGCUUCUAUCGCUCCCUGGGUUUUGUAGCCGACCCGGAUGGCAUUAGGGGAAUGGUGUAUUCAAGAAAACAAAAAAAGAAAAGGUGAUUCAAAAAAAAAAAAAAAAAACACAAUUGUACUCAGUUCAACAUUUCUGAUAUGUUACAAGCAAAGGUUUUUCGCAUUUUUUUUUGGAUUGAAAAGCAAUAAGUUUUAACAAUUUUUUAGUACAUAUAUUUGAGUGGCGAGGAAAAUUUGAGUAUGCAUUGGUUAAA